AUGCGGGCCAGGACACUGCUGCUGCAGCUCGUCGUGGUGCCUCGGACGCUGGCUCUCCAGGCGGUGGAAGAUGCUUUGUCGCUUGCUCUGCUGGCCCUGGUUGUGGGCACUCGGCCGGUGAUCUCUCCGGCGAUGAUGCUUGCCUACCUCCGCGACCACUUCGGCAUUACGGAUGACCGGGUCUCUGUGCGGCGGACAAGACCUGAUGAUUUCAUCGUCCGUUUCAGCAACCAAGAGGACCUUGACCUGGUGCUGCGUACACCGUUGCCGCCGGGAGCUCCCUUCGUGCUUCGGUGGCGAAGGUGGAGCCGCCUUAUCUUGGGUUUUGUAGGCGCAUUCCGUUACCGUGUCCUCGUCGGUAUGAAGGGUAUCCCUUCCCAUGCAAGAUCAGCGGAGAUGGCACAAGCUAUCCUGGGUUCCUCCAGUGCCAAGGUCGACAUUGGCAACUCCGACGCUCAGGCUGAUCUAGAUGAUGAGCGUGAGCUCUUUUGUGGCGGACUGGAUUGGCAUACCCCGCCAACGUCGUCCGAUGAGGGGAUGUGCGCCGACGACAGUGACGAUAGCGGUGAUAGUAAUUACAACGGUUAUCAUCCUGGUUUCGCCCCCGGCAGCUGCGGUGCGUGGCCACGGACGACCAGGUUCAGCGGCAGCGAUGAACCACGGUUUGGCCCUAGGUCUGGGCCGGCUUUUCGGAUGGAGCUGCUAUCUAGCCUCAGUGUCUUCGUUACUGAUGGGCUGGCUAAUGGGCCUGACUUCCUAUUUGGAGCAUGGGACUAUGAAGCUAAUGUUGUGCCCUUCUCCAACGGGCUGGCCCAUGAGGUGGGCCUUUGCCUCGCUGGGCCAGACGAGUACAACUCGGGCCUUAGCUCACCUAUGUGUGACUCCACGUCCCCCCUAGCCCAUGACUUCCUCGAUGUGCCGGACAGUGAACAAGUCGACGCGGCAUCUCCCGUUGUCAUCGGGGAGAUCGAGUCCCGAACCCCAGAGCCACAACCGAUGGCUCCUGAUGAAUUCAUCAACAUCUUCAAGAAGAAUAUGCCGCUGCCACUCCUCUUGGCACUGCAGCGCCCUCAUGUGACGCGGGCGGAGAAGGCGCGGAAAACCCAUCCUGAUGACCUAGACCUGAUCCCAAAAAGAAGUGCUUGGCUUGCUGCGAAGAGCAAGAGUAGGGCGCAGAAGCCAGAGGCAUAG